AUGAAAACAAGAGCAAACGCAUGGAAGGAGCUGAUGUACAGCCCUGUGAAGGAAGAGUUCAAUCUCCUCAAAAGAUCCACAAUCCCACGGGAGGCCCUGCAAAACAUCGAGGUGGACAUUGAGCGGUCUGUCCACCCAGAGUGCACGUGCAUGGGCCCGCUUGAGGCAGAGGCCAGGGAGUACAAUGUCAUCAUACGGAAGAAAGAGCUGCGAGAUGUCCUUGUUGCAUUCGCAAAGUACAACAGCGCAAUUGAGUACUGCCAGGGCCUCUCGUACUACGCUGCAUUCCUCCUGCAGCUCUUCACGCCUGAAGAAUCCUUUUCCAUUCUCUGCAAGACCAUACAAAAGAACCGCAUUGAGAGACUCUUUGACAAAAAGCUUUCUCUUGUGUCCAAGGUGCUGAGCGUGCACGAAAGAGUUCUCAACCUGACCCUCCCCGAAGCCAUCCGAAAGAGCAUACAGAGCAUAAGCAACAGCACACACGACUAUUCAGCCGGAUGGUACCUUACCUUGUUUUCCCGCCUAUCUCCUUCGCUCUAUACGGUGGUGCUUGAUCUGUUCUACACCCGCGGAUUCCCCGUUCUUUUCCACGCUGCGUCAGCACUUGUCGAGGUAGGGCACAGAAACUACAUCACAGAGGGCGUGAUAGAGCACGACCAGAGAAUGCAGAUACUAUUCAAGCUUGCAGACUAUCCAAUACCAGAGGACGAGUUUAGAGAGGUUCUGCAGCGGAACAUACAGAUGGUUAGUCUAGCAACUAUUGAACACAUGCUCUCUGAGAUAGAUAGCAAUAUUGAAAAUAAAUAG